AGCAAGAUGGCGGCGAAGCGGCGCUGGGGGGCGGCGGCGGCGGCGGGGAAGAAGAAGCGCGGGAAGCGGGAGCUGCUCCCCGAGCUCCCCGCAGCCCUCAGGGACGCGGCGCUGCGGGGCCGGGCAGGGGCUGCCUGGAGCCGCGGGGAGCCCCUUCAGCACGAGGCGGUGGCGGUGGAGCCGGCUCCGUUCCGGCACGGCGUCAUCCCCGGCUUCUUAGCCAGCCCGGGCUUCGCGGAGUCGCUGCGGGACGAGCUGCUGGGCCUCAGCUUCCAGGGGCGGCGGAACGACCUCUUGUCGCUGCGGCAGUCCCAGGAGCUGGCGGGGAGGCCGGAGCCCCACGUCGCUGCGCUGAGACAUGUUCUGUGUGAAGAAUUCCGAGCGUGGCUUUCUGCUGUCACCCAGAUUGAGCUGGAGCCAACUAUUGACAUCUCCUGUGCUAAAUAUGAAUAUACUGAUGUCCUGCUGUGCCACGACGAUGAGCUGGAAGGUCGGAGAGUUGCUUUCAUCCUCUACCUUGUCCCACCCUGGGAGAAAAGUGAUGGGGGAACUCUGGACCUGUACAGCACGGAUGAACACUCUCAGCCCCAGCAAAUAGUCAAGUCAUUGGUGCCUUCGUGGAACACGCUGGUUUUCUUUGAAGUGUCUCCAGUCUCUUUCCACCAGGUGUCUGAAGUCCUGGCCGAGGGGAAGUGCCGCUUGUCACUCAGCGGUUGGUUCCACGGCCCCCCGACAGUCAGACCCACACACCAGGGUGACACUGCCCUGCCCUGCAGCCCACACAUCCCCCACGAUCAUGAAAUCUUGUAUGAAUGGAUCAACCUAGUUUAUCUGGACAUGGAUUCCCAAGCUCAGAUCCAGGAGGAAUUUGAGGAGCGAUCAGAAAUUCUCCUGAAAAAUUUUCUCAAGAAAGAGAAAUACCAACUUCUGUGUGAGGCUUUGGAGAGCAAAGACAUCGAGUGGAGCAGCCGAGGCCCUGCCAAUAAAAGACUCUAUGAGGCAGCAGCAGAAGAAAGCCUCCCUGAGCUCCUGAAGCAAUUCCUGCAGCUCCUACGCUCCGAGGCCUUGUUUUUACUGCUCUCCAACUUCACUGGCCUCAAGCUGCACUUCCUGGCUCCCUCUGAUGAGGAUGAAGGUGCUGGGGAAGGAAGGGCAGCAGACACUGCUGGGCAGAGCAGUCCCAAACCUGAGGAGGAGACCAAGCAGCAGGCUGAGAGCAGCUCCCAUCAGCCAGCCCAUCCUGACCACAUCCCUGCAGCACAGGGGAGUGACACACACAACGACCAGUCUGGGCUUCCCUUAUUUCCCUCCCCAGGCCCGGGGACGCCGCUGUGCGCCGGGGAGCUGCGGCGCUGGGCCCACGGGCACUACACGCUGGUCCAUGACACUCAAGCAACAGAAUUUGCUCUCGACCUGCUCUUCUUCUGUGGCUGUGAGGACUGGGACCCAGAAUAUGGUGGCUUUACUUCCUACAUUGCUAAAGGUGAAGAUGAAGAGCUGCUGACAGUCAACCCCGAGGACAACUGCUUGGCCCUGGUUUACAGAGACAAAGAGACCCUGAAGUUUGUCAAGUACAUCAACCACCGCAGCUCGGCACGUCUCGGGAAGCAGCCCCACAGAACAGGAUUUUGGGAUUUCUCCUUUGUCUACUAUGAGUGAUGGUGCAGAGUGUGUGACCAUCCUCCCAGGGGUGGGUCCUCUCUGGGUGUUACCUGCUCAAACCAUCACACCUGAGCAAACCCUCAAACCAAGGCUGCUGCUGCCACCCUCACCACACUGCGUGGGCUGCCCCCUGCUCAGCAGGGCCCAGGGGACUGGUUUAUGAACUGGACAAAUGGAAGUUCAGCCUCCUCCCCAAGUCCUUUGUAACACACACCCCCUUGACUGCUUCUCUUGCUACAUGGAGGGGGUCACAGUCACACAGCUGUCACCUUUCCAGCUGUUCCCUCAGGGAAACAGCACAGUCGGAUGUCUCCCUAACCUGCCAGGGUGAGCACUGGAAUUGUACUUUGCCCCAGGCUGAUGACUGGUUUUAUGAAAUAAAAAACAAAAAGGAAAUGGGUCAGUUCAAUGCUUCAAAA